AUGACAAGCUAAAACGAACGGUGGAUAUAACUAACAUAUACAAAUUAUACUAUACAAACAAAAAUGAUGUAAAUAUUUAGAAUUUUGUCAUUUGCAGGGUUGGUAACCUCUCUUUUGUGGCCUACGCAUACCUAACCUACUUACUCAUACUUGUCCAUUUAUUCUUUCUCAGAACGAACUCACAGGCACCGUCCUCAACUCAGAAAAGUCACCAUGUCUCUCGCCAACAAUCUCUUAUCAUCAAACUUGAUGAGUUGGUCUUCCUCGUCGCCCAUGCCGUUGCCUUCGGUGACUCCACUCCACGUCGACGCAUUUACUUUUCCUCUGGCUGUUGAGUCGCCCGCUUCCCACAAAAAGCUUUUCCUCGGUGGUGCAGGGAUACGAUGGUUUGACAUUGAAGGCAAGUUCGUGAUUGUGACGGUCAUCGGAGUCUACCUUGAAGCUAUGGCACUACCAUCACUCUCCGUUAAGUGGAAAGGCAAGAAUGCAAAGGAGUUGACGGAAUCCGUCCCUUUCUUCCGUCAACUCGUGCGUGAGUUUGAGAAAUUCGCAAGGGUGACGAUGUAAGUGAGGUUAACGGGAAUACAGUACUCGGAUAAAGUAGUAGAAUACUGUGAGGAGAUCAUGAAAGCGUCAGGGAAAUACACAAGAUCUGAAGCCAAAGCCAUCGACCAAUUCUUGAUGGUCUUCAAAGACCAAGAUUUCCCUCCCGGCUCUUCAGUCCUCUUCGCUAUCUGUCCUAAAGGCUCUCUCACAAUUGCAUUUUCGAAAGGGCAGAGAGUCCCGAAAACUGGAAAAUCGGUAAUCAAGAACAAGUUGUUGGGUGAGGCAGUUCUUGAGUCGAUGAUUGGGAAGAAUGGUGUAUCCCCUGCAACCAGGAAGAGCCUCGCUGAGAGAUUAUCUAAGCUGAUGAACAACAAAGACCCGCACAAUGGAGCUAGCGACACAACACCCUCAUCGACAAGAAGAGUCACGAGGUCCCAGACCCGCAAUGCCAUCACUAAUCUCUUAUCCUCAAAGAAAGCGGAUGAUUCCGAUAAAUGUCAGUCGAAGUCGGUACAAAGAAACGGUGCAAAAGACAGGUCAGCGUUAUUUGACAUAACGAACGACUCGCCGAUCGUAGGUCUGGCGAUGCAGACACCAUCCUCAGGAGUGGUUGGGAAGAGGAGGAAUAUGAGCAGAAUCAACAACAAUCCUGGAUCUGGUGAGGCUCUCUUGAGAGGCCAAGUCAAGACCCUCUUGCAGAAGGUUGAAGAAGAAGCAGAUCUCACCAAGAUUUCUAUGCAAUCUCGUCCCUUCAUCCAUCUCGUUACUUCUCCCAUGGGACUUCUCGCCCCAACUCCGGCCAACACCCCCCAAGUUCUCGAUUUCUCUGACGAAAUGCAGACUGUGAUCACUUCUCCGGUUGUUGCAGGACAAUUCAGAGCAACAUCUCAGGUGGUGGAAAGCAACACGUUUGGUGACAAGGAAGAGAGCCUGAAGAGCCCGAGCAUAACUCGGUCAUUGCUGCUGGACUUCAGUGAUAAAUCAGAUUUAUGGGAGAGCUCAGGCUGCUCCUCUGGGGUGCGGGUGACUCAAAACCCAGCCAAUGCAAGUGCCAAAGACGAGGAGGAUGAGGGAGCCUAUUCUUACGACGAGGAAGAGGAGGAAGAAGAGGGAGGGAUUGUGGAUGUGUUGUGUGAGGGAAUGAGGAAGAUGAGCGUAGAGACUGAAUUUGCAGGGAAACACACUCGAUCUGAGUACGACAGUGAAGAUGAAGAGAUCGUGGAGGCCAAAGAGCAAUCUCCAGGAGUGCUGCGUUUGAAAGGUUUUCCUACACCAACUCGAAAACAUGUCCGAUUUCUUGGCGAUGAAUGAGCCUAAAUUUUAUUCUUUCUUUUUUCGAGUUGUGACAAAAAGCCUCAAAUGUCACCACUUUUAAUGUUACGAUUCGCAAACCUGAUUCUUGGGCCUAUACCUUGUUAUUCUUCAAUAACUAAAGUGUAAUCGGAAUUUGACGUUUCUUUUUCUAUCUUU